CCUAUAUAAAGCGUUUUAGGCGAUGGAGCUCAUGCGCCUGUUUUCUCCGGUGUACACACCGGGCGGCUCCGCCUCUUUCCAUCACUCAAACUUUCGUAGGCGGCGAUUGGCCCGGCGCGACCACGUGAUCGCACCUCCCCGCCCACCUGCAGUUUCCAGGGCAGCCAGGAGCUGCGUCAUCCGGGCGCCGCCGUUUCUGCUCCGAACCGAGCCUUGUCUUCGGUUCGUGGCAAUAAAAACAAACAACAGACGCAAAACAAGUAUCGGUGUAGCGACAUGGGAGACAAGAAGAGCCCGACAAGGCCGAAGCGGCAGUCCAAGCCUUCCUCUGACGACGGGUACUGGGACUGUAGCGUUUGUACGUUUAAGAACAGCGCAGAGGCUUUCAAGUGCAUGAUGUGCGAUGUGAGGAAGGGGACGUCGACACGGAAGCCCCGCCCAGUCUCCCAGUUGGUCUCCCAGCAAGUGACGCAGCAGUUUGCAUCUCCGACACAGCCAAAGAAGGAGAAGAAAGACAAGACGGAUAAAGAGAAAGCCGAAAGAGAGGCAGCAUUCAGAAAGAGCGGCCAUAGGAGGAUGAGGCCCAGGUUGAAGAAUGUGGACAGGAGCAGCGCUCAGCACCUGGAGGUCACCGUCGGAGACCUUACCGUCAUCAUCACAGACUUCAAGGAGAAGAGCAAACCCACGCCGGCUCCAGGCGAGCACCACGGUCAGAGCGGCUCUGGAUCGGACGGCGCCGAAAGGGGGACAUCGCGGUCAUCCUCGCCCCGAGGGGAGGGCUCCUCACUCAACGGAGAGCCCCACUAAGCCCCCCCCCCAUUGCUGCUUCAGUCAUUUCUGCACAUGCUUAUAAAGUCUCUCAUAACUGACACCUCAUCUCUCCAACCCGCAGCCUCUGGCGCAGGGCUGGCAUUUUGGAAGUCUUCCAGAAUGUUCCCUGGGGGUCGACUGCUAGUCUCCAGUGACACUUGUUACCCAUUUAGAUCAUUGUCAGAAAACUGGAAAAACAGCAUUGAAAUUCCUUCUAGGAUGGCUGUAAAUGUUCCGGGCUGCGUUAAUGUGGGAGUACUGUACAUUAAAUCAGUGUUAUAUUGACAAUAUACACUUAAUCAUACUCUUCUAUCACCUUUUAGAUGGACUGCGGACUGCUGUAGCCUAAAAUCAGACCUUAUUUUAAAACUAUAUUUCAGAUAGAUGGAUUUGCUUUAUGGGAAAGGCGGAGCCUCUGGGGACAUUUGAUGAAAUUUGAUGGUCAGCAGUGGGUCUGCAGAAUCCUCCUGCGCCUGAGCGUUACACAGUGCGGUCUCAAGAAAUGCACGUCCUGCCAGCAACUGGGAGCCAGUCAGUACGGAUCACGGUCCUCUUACAUUUCUGAUCAUAUCAGGCCGCGGAGAUAUGUGCAGAAUCAUCCCAGCUACGUGCUGUGGGAGGAAAAUGUUCGUAAGUGAAAGAAUGAAAUUGUUCAAGGCCGAUAUCGUAUUUUAUACAGGCUGCCGUGUUCCCAUUCACUUUGGUUUAUAUUUUACGGUUCUCACAAAAUAAAAGGAGAUGAUGGACUCUAUAAAAAUGCA